AUGCACAUCAACUGGAGGAUCCAUGUCGGCUGGAGGAUUUGUCUAGUCCACUCUCGAGAUGCUGCUACAAGCAUACCAACAGCCGCAAUAACUACAACUACCACAACUUCAACCACGACAGCCACAAAAAGCAACCACAGCAACUACAACAACCACAACUACAGCAGCAACCAUUACAACUGCUACAACAGCAAUCAAUACAACAGCUUCUCCUCCUACAACAGCCACAACCACUACAAUAACUACAACAACCAUUACAACAACUACUGCUACAGCAGCCACAACAACCACUACAAUAACUACAACAACAACAACCAUUCGCGGUUCACCUCGGGUUCUGCGGCCAUUGUUCAGCCCUCAACAGCUGAUUACCCUGUUGCUCUUUCGCUUGGUUUUAGAGGCAAAGGGGCCAUUGUAACGCCCAUGUCCCACGCCUUUUCGGUCGCUAGACUUUCUUAG